AUGUCCAAUACAACACCCCCAUUCCAGCUCCUGUCCAACAACGUUUCGUUGACCAAUCAGAGGUUGGCAGUGCCCAUAAGGACGUUCAUGGGCUUUCUGUCUGUGUCUCCAUGUCUCCUCUUCCUCUAUAUCAACACUGUCAUGCUGUACAGUCUGAAGAGCAAGCCCAUGUUCAGAGAGACCUCACGCUACAUCUUGUUUGGUAACCCUGGCUACCGGAAGUUUUACACAAGAUUAACACAUUUAGUUUGCAAUUCUUUAAAAAAUAUAUUUUCUAAGGGUUUUCAGAUGUAUUGAACAGAUAGUGAGAGAGGAUGACAGUGCGGAAAAAUAAAGAGAGGUUGUGUCAAGGGGCCAGAUCUGAACCUAUGCCACCACUGUAGAAGUGUGCAGAGGCUUCAACAAUACCGCUAGCCCAGUCAGGGCAUACAUUCCAUUUGAAAUAUUCCGUGGCAUGUGGCUUGUUACAUGAUAACCUGUUUCCAAUACAUUUGAUAUGUCUUUAGGAGCUCUAAAUGCACUCCAAACUAGCUUUUCAUGUGUUUGUGAAAGCAAAGAGGGUAGAAUGUGUCACAAUUCAAGUUGUGUUAAAAUACAAUUUGUUAUUGUGUAAUUAUUGUAUUUCCAACUAAUGUUUAACAUGUUCAUUUCCGGUAGGUAACCUCCUCUUCGCCGACACCAUCCUACUGGUGACCAGCCAACUGCUGUACAUAUUAGCCGUGGCUGGGUUGUUUGUGAUCCGAUACAUAUGUGUUGUGAUUGUGUUGGUGGCCAUUUUCACCAGCGCUGUUUCCCCUCUCAACCUGUCUGUGAUGUCGCUAGAGAGGUAUGUAGGCCAUCUUUCUUUCUAGUAAACAAUUGUUGUUUAUACCCUUUUCCCCGUUUAGUCCCCCUGACAAAAGAGGUUUCUAACCUCAAGGGUUAAAUAAAGGUUAAAUAGUGUACUACUUUUGACCAGGGCCUAUAUUUGGGACUCAAUAAAAAUGAUCCUUUCCAGGUACGUGGCUAUCUGUUAUCCUCUGAGGCAUGCCUCCAUUGUCACCCCCGGGACUACGGGCGUGGUCAUUGCUGUAGUGUGGAUCCUGUGUUCCCUAAACACUAUCAUUAAGCUUAUCAUGCUGCUGGUUCUAGAGUCCAUGCCUCUGGACCAGUUAAUGCAGGAAUUCUGCUCUACCAGCCAACUUUUCCACCUGAAGAUUCACAACCAGGUAGACAACGUGUUCAUCAGCAUCGUCUUCAUAACCGUUAGUUUUAUCAUCAUAUACUCCUACAUCGCUAUGAUGAUGGUAGCCAAGUCCGCCUCCUCAGACAAGGACUUGAACACCAAGGCUCGUAACACGGUUCUACUGCACCUGAUCCAGCUGGGGCUGAGUCUCUCCUCAACCCUGGUUCCUACCAUAGUGUCAGCCUUGAAAUCCAAAGCAAUGGACAAAGCCACACAGAUCGAGUACAUUGUGUUUAUCAUCCUGAUUAUCCUGCCCAGGUGUCUGAGUCCUCUGAUCUACGGCCUGAGAGACCAGACGUUCAGACACAUCCUCGUGUACCAUCUCACCUGUGGCCUCAGAUGCACAGUGCAGCCCAUUAAAAUCUCCAGCUAUUGA